AUGGAAAGUACCGAAAGUACAGAGGGUGUGAUAUUUAACGAUACAGCUAAAGUAAAGAAACGAAAGCGGGGAAUUGUAUAUUUAUCUAGCAUACCUAAAUACAUGAAUAUCACGAAAAUUCGUGAAUUGUUUUCUGCGUACGGUAAAGUUGGAAGAAUCUAUUUACAAUUAGCCGAAAAUGAACUGGAGCGGAAUGGUGGAACAAAGAAACGAAAGAAAGUUGGUACAAAGUUCUUUACCGAGGGUUGGGUUGAAUUUGAAAGUAAGAAAAUAGCAAAGUACGUUGCACUUACGUUGAACAAUACCCAAAUAUCAACUAGAAAAAGGAGCAAAUUUUACGAUGUUAUUUGGAACGUAAAAUAUCUUCCAAGAUUCAAAUGGAUUCAUCUGAGCGAACGUUUGGCUUAUGAACGUGCAGUACGUAAACAAAGGCUACAAAUUGAAAUUGCACAGGCAAAACGAGAGGCAAACUUCUAUUCGCACAACGUCGACCAAAGUAGAAAACUACAUAGAGCGCGACGAGAUGAGAAUAGCAAGUUUGUACCAGCCGUGAUAAAACAAAGGGACACAGAUGCUGAAAUCAGAAGCAAGAAGGAAAGCAAAUCCGUAACAGAUAGAACAGAGUUCCUAAAAUCUCUGUUUGGGUGA